AUGCGUAACGAACCCCUACAGAAACAGUUACGGGAGAUGCAGGAACGCGAACAGAAUUUACAAAGGCAGCUCAGACUGGUUCAAGAACGGGAUCAGUACUCUCAAAGCCAGCUAACGGAGUUUCGUCAACGUGAACAAAAUAUGCAGCGCCUGUUGAGAGAGCUUCAGGAACGAGAAGAAAAUUCUCAAAGGCAGCUGACGGAGUUUCAACAACGUGAAGAAAAUUCUCAGCGGCAACUGAGGGAGAUAGGACAACAGUUGACGAAUUGCCGAGGACAAGUUUCUGAACUACAGUUAAGUCUUUCAACAGCUCAGCAAACAAUAAAUCAAUUGCGUAACCAGGGAACACGUGACUGGGUUACUCCCCGAGACGAAAUUCAAAUCACAGAAAAAUGCCUUGGGAGGGGAGGACGGGGAAGUGUCAAUGAGGGAACGUAUUGUGGCUGUACUGUAGCAGUGAAAAAAAUCCACGAGUUGAUUCUCUCCCCUCAUAACAUACGUCUUUUUGAGAGAGAAAUGAAUAUUGCAUCCAAGUGUCGCCAUCCUCACUUACUACAGUUUAUCGGCGCCACAGUUGACGAGGGAAGUCCUCUGUUUGUCACCGAGUUGAUGGAGAAAAGUUUGCGGACUCUUUUAGAACAGCGGCAACUGUCCGAAACAGAAAUACGCACCAUUUCUUUGGACGUAGCCCGCGCACUGAACUAUCUUCACCAGAAGAAACCAGAACCCAUCAUUCACCGGGAUGUGAGCAGUGCCAAUGUGUUGCUAUGGCGACAGGGUGACCAAUGGAGGGCCAAAGUGUCAGAUAAUGGCACUGCUAAUUUUAUACAGCAGACCAUGACAGUGGCACCUGGUGCUAUGAUUUACAGCGCACCUGAAGCACUUACAUCAAACCAAACAGUCAAGGUAAGUUUAAGUAAACAUUAAAGACUUUUGACUUACUAAAACUGUAUAGCAAUGCUAACAGUGGCAGAAGUAAAAGUGACCCUUGUCCUUUCGCCCAAACUCGCUUUCUUGUCGGGACUUAACGAACAAUACAAUAUUCUUGUUCUGAAAUGACCAUAUCUUUGUUAGAAGUCUUUGUACCUUGUUAGUUUGCACUUUUUUCACUCUUUUAUGUUCUUCAUGCAUUUGAUCGACGUAACUGAAUUCGUUAAUUUUCCCCUCUCUUCUCUAAAGACAACAGUUACAGGAUGUCAAAAGUUAGUAUUUUUACAAACAAAACAUUUAAGCCAAGAACUUACCUUGAUGCCUUUUAAGGAUCUUCUGUUUUCUUGGCUUUUCUUAUCCAUUUAUCGAUAAUCGUCUAUUUCGUCUGAAUUCUCGAGAUUCUCCCUCUGGUGUUACUUUAACUCUUUUUGUAAUCAGUAUACCACUAAUAAGUAAUGUAAAUAAAGAAUAUUCUGGCAUAAAGUCAUGUAUCAUGAUUGUUUUUAGGUUGAUGUCUACAGCUUUGGUGCUCUUCUCUGUGAAAUGUGCAUCCGGGAACUGCCAGACCCUACAAGGCGGGAAGAACAAGUCGUCCUUGUAACGAACGCUGUGUGUCGCGACCUGGUACGGCGAUGCCUGCAGAGAGAUCCUGGGACGAGACCAACCAUGCAGGGAAUAAUCGGUGAACUGAAAGAUGCCAAUGUAUCAUCUUAA